AGUAGAGGGCGCCGCGGAUUGCUAGCCAGUGAUCGCUUUUCGGCCUUUUGGCUCAGACCAAGUGUAGGACUGAGUCAUUGGGUGCUGAAGGACACCUCUCCUCGGCCUUUGGGCAUCGGUGGGUAACACCACCUUAAGCCCACUGCUGCUAUAGGGGAGAGGUCAUACCUGAAGCAACGGGCGGCGAUCAACUACUCCAGUGAUAACCCUAAUCCGAGGGGGAAGCUGGGAGUUUUCUGCAAAAGAUGGCUGUAACGGAAGACGUCGUUCCUGCCUUCGUGAGAGUCAAGCACUCGGUGAGAGUCAUCACGGCUGUUCCAUCUGAUUCGGAGAAGGGUCUGAAUUUCGUCGUGAAGGUGAUUUUGGAGGAGAUCGGUAGAGUCUCAAGGAGAGAGAUCCUCGCCAUUCAAGAUUACCCGAGGAGAGGUGUCUUUGAUGUUACUUUUGAUGGUGAAGGCGUCUAUCGGAGUUUUUUGGAGAUCUUGGAGAGGAAUUCUGCUGAUCCUCGACUGAAGGAUUUCAAGAUCCUGCCGCAUUUUGCUGAGGAGGAGAUAUUUCUGGUGGUUAAACCAUACUCUCCGUUUGUUCCCUUAAGAGAAAUUGAAACAGUGCUUGGUAGGUACUGCAAGAAGUUAACGUGUGCAGGUAAGAUCCUUAACGAGCUGGGGAUCUGGACCUGUAAAUACAGGUUCAAAGCUGUUUUUGAGAAGGGAACUUUUCCACCAGCAAGGUUUCGUCUGGGAGCAGUCAACAUAGACUGUUUCUUUAAUGGUAUGCCGGAUUUUUGUAAGAGGUGCAGGCAAUAUGGGCACAUGGCAGAAGGAUGUAUGUUGUGCCAGAACUGUGGUAAGGCCGGGCAUGAAGUGAAAAAUUGUUCCCUCCCAAAGAAAUGUAAUUUCUGUUUGCAGGUAGGACAUUUAUACGCUGUAUGUCCACAGAGAAAGGUAAAAGAUGAGGUUCUUGGUAAGUCGGUGGCUGUAGUAGAACCAGCAGCAAUGUCUUCAGGAGUGGAGGCCUCAGAAGAAAUGGAGAGUGAAUCUGGUAAGGUACUUACGUUUCUCACUGACUUUGAUCUUAGUGCCUCUCCAGUUUUACAGUUUACUGACGAGAGUCUAUCAGAAUCCUCGAGUCCUGCUAGUGAGGUAUCACCUAUGGUCAAAAGGAAAAAGAAAGAGAAGAACAAAGACAUUCAGGUAACUCCAUCCAAUGUGGAAGUGUAUAAAACUAGAGGCGAGAAACUAUAUCAGUUCUGGAAAAAAAGGUCUGAUAAAGAAAUACAAGAGUACUUGGGCACCUGGACGAAUGAGGAGGAAUUGGAGGGUAUUAAUAGGUGCAUUGAAACAGGAACUGAUGAAAAAAACAUGAGAUAUCAAGUAUUGACAUUUAUCAGGAAUUUGACGUAAUGUUUUCUUUUCUUUUUAAUAA